UCAAAAAAUCGCCUGUGCGUCAGAAGAUUUAUGAGUCAAACUUAGUUGCGGGAAAAUAUUCAGUCAUUCAUUGCUGAUAAACAUUUAAACAAAUACUCAGAUUGAAUGGAUAUUACGACGUCACUCUUGAUUACAUUUUAGUUUUUUCAAAACUUAGUUCUUGUAGAUAAAAACUAAAAAAUUACAAAAAACAAUCGUUGCCACUAAGUGAAUGGUCACUGAGUCAAACUAACUAAUAAAGUUUAAUUAGCAUCGAGGUUUAUCUGCAAAUAUUUUACUCAAUAUAUAAAGGAGAGACUGGAGAAUGAUGUUUGCAUUGAAAAUUUGGUUGGCUUUUUUAGGCGUUUUUUAUGAAUUUUGCUCUUGUGAAAGGAUUUGCGAAAAUGGACAACCUUUGGGUCCCUAUCCCCGAACGGUAAAAAAUACAACCCAGUUGUUAAUAGACUUGCGCAAACUUAUGUCAGAUAAUGGUAUUCAUGGUUAUAUUGUGCCAAGCUCUGAUGAUCACCAGACGGAAUAUGUCGCACCCUGGUUUGAAAGACGAGAAUUUAUUUCAGGAUUUUCUGGAUCUGCUGGAACAGCAGUCAUUACAUUAGACAAAAGUUCAAUAUGGGUUGAUGGCAGAUACUUUACGCAAGUGGAAAUGCAAGUUGAUUGCAACUGGGAAAUUAUGAAAACAGGUUUUUCUUAUUUGACUAUGAGUGAUUGGAUAAAAAAGGAACUUGCUGGGAAAUAUAUUAGUGCUGAUCCGAAAAUCAUUUCAAUUAAACAACAUGAGUCUUAUAUAAAGUCAUUUGAUAACUUAGUGAAAUGGAAGACUAUUAAUAAAAACCUAGUUGAUGAAGUUUGGAAAAAUCGACCCUCUCCAACAAACGAAUCAAUCUUCAUUCAUAACAUCACCUAUGCUGGAAAGUCAUAUCAGAAUAAAUUAACAGAUCUACGCCAAGAAUUGGAUGCCAAUAAAGUAAAAGCUAUUGUUAUUACAGCUUUAGAUGAUGUAGCUUGGUUGUUCAAUCUUCGAGGGAAAGAUAUACCUUAUAAUCCUAUGUUUUAUUCAUAUGCAGUUGUCACUCAAAAAAAUGCAACGCUGUUUGUGGCUAAUCAAAAGUUGUCUAGCAAUAUAAAAAAUAAUUUGUGCACAAAUGCAUCUCACUGUGUAACAAUUGCUGAUUAUGAUUAUGCAGAAAUAUGUAAAUAUAUAAACGAACUGGCGAGGGAAAACAAUGAUAGCAUAUGGAUAACUCCAGAUACAUCUAUGUUUAUUGCUUCUAACAUUCCUGGAGAACUUCAAUUUGUUAAAGAUUCACCUAUUCAAUUGCCUAAAGCAAAGAAAAAUGCAGUUGAACUUGAAGGAAUGAGGUCUGCUAAUAUAAAAGAUGGUAUUGCUAUUAUGGAGUACUUUGUUUGGCUGGAGAAACAGGUUUCUAAAGGGGAAGAUGUUACAGAAAUGUCUGGUGCUGAUCAACUUCGUUAUUUUAAAAGCAAACAAGAUAAAUACUAUGAUUUGAGCUUUGCUACUACUUCAGCUUACGGACCACAUGGUGCCAUUAUUCAUUACAAGUCAGAAGUUGAAACAAAUAUUCCAAUCAAAUCUGACUCUUUGUACCUACUUGACUCUGGAGCUCAUUUUUAUGAUGGCUCGACAGAUAUAACAAGAACCAUUCAUCUGGGAACUCCAACCGAGAAGCAUAAAGAGAUGUUUACACAUGUUUUAAAAGGCGCAAUCGGAUUAGCAUCUGCUGUUUUCCCAAAAACUACAUAUGGCACUAACAUUGAAGUAUAUGCUAGAGAUAGUCUAUGGAAACAAGGAUUAGAUUAUACUCAUGGAACAGGACAUGGAAUUGGUUCUUUUUUAAGUAUUCAUGAAGGUCCUUCAUCAAUAUCUGGUGGAAAAACUAGAGAUGGUGAAGUACCUUUCUCAGAAGGAAUGGUGUUUUCAGAUGAACCUGGUUACUAUCAACCUGGUGAAUUUGGAAUUCGUCUUGAAACAGCUAUAGUUGUUAAAGAAAAGAAACUUAAGUAUGGAAGUUUUCUUGGCUUUGACGUUCUCACAUGGAUUCCGUUUGAUCGCAAGUUAAUUAACACUGAAAUGCUUAAUAAAAACGAGUUAGCUUGGUUGAACGUUUAUUACAGUGAUAUAAGACGUAUCAUGGGUCCUCGUCUAAAAGAACAAAAUAAAAAUGAAGUCUACGAUUAUAUGAUAAAACAAACUGAACCAUUUAUAAGCUCCACCAGUUCAGCCUGUUCUGAUUCAGCCUGUUUUUCAUCUUUACUUUUUCAUUUGCUAAUUAUUCUUAUUAUGUUUACAGUUUAUGAUAAAUAUAUGUAAUAUAUAUAUAUAUAU